CCAAUCCCUGCCCUCUUUCCUUCCUUCUCUAACUCUUGCUUCUUCUCUCUUGGUAACUGCUCUCCUCUCCUCCCACCCCUCUUGUUCUCUCCCUCAUCCAAGCUCCAGGGUGAAGGAGGUGGCUUGCAGAAUACAGGGCCUGAGCCUGUCUGCCUGUUGCCAUGGUGACCCAGAGGCAGGACCUAGAAUUCUUGGGGAGGGGAGGUCCCUGAAAGCUCUGAGGAGGAGGCCUGGUCUUUCCUUCAGGGCCUCUGAGUGGCCACCUUGCUGCCAAGGCUCAGUGUGGAUGACUGCCGAGGAAUGUGGAUUCUGGGCUGGGAGGCAAUCAGCUGUGCCCCAGGGUGCCUGGGUUCAAACCCUCCAGACCUUUCUGGGCCUGCAGGAGAGCUUCGCCUCUGUGUUCUCAAGCCGCACAUCCCGGAAGUUGGCCUCCCACUCAGGGGAUGAGGGUGCCAUGGGUGACAGCAAGGAUGACCGGAACCCCACGGAGGUGCAGAUGAGCCAGCUAGUGCUGCCCUGCCACACCAAUCAGCGCGGCGAGCUGAGCGUCGGGCAGCUGCUCAAGUGGAUUGACACCACGGCCUGCCUAUCUGCGGAGAGGCAUGCAGGCUGCCCCUGUGUCACAGCCUCCAUGGACGACAUCUAUUUUGACCACACCAUCAGUGUUGGACAAGUGGUGAAUAUCAAGGCAAAGGUGAACCGGGCCUUCAACUCCAGCAUGGAGGUGGGCAUCCAGGUGACCUCCGAGGACCUGUGCUCUGAGAAUCAGUGGACUGUGUGCAAGGCCCUGGCCACCUUUGUGGCUCACCAGCAGCUGUCCAAGGUAAAGCUGAAGCAGAUCACCCCGCGGACAGAGGAGGAGAAGAUGGAGCACAGCGUGGCUGCUGAGCGCCGGCGCAUGCGGUUGGUCUACACAGACACCAUCAAGGACCUCCUGGCUAACUGUACUGUGAAGGACGACCCCGAGAUCAGGGACUGCAGCCGCACCGUGCCAGCCGAGAAGACCCGCGUGGAGAGUGUGGAGCUGGUCUUGCCGCCUCAUGCCAAUCACCAGGGCAACACCUUUGGGGGCCAGAUCAUGGCCUGGAUGGAGAAUGUGGCCACCAUUGCAGCCAGCCGCCUCUGCCGGGCCCACCCUACACUGAAGGCCAUUGAGAUGUUCCACUUCCGGGGCCCAUCCCAGGUCGGGGACCGCCUGGUGUUCAAGGCCAUUGUCAACAAUGCGUUCAAGCACAGCAUGGAGGUGGGAGUGUGCGUGGAGGCCUAUCGCCAGGAGGCUGAGCCCCGCUGGCGCCACAUCAACAGCGCUUUCAUGACCUUCGUGGUCCUGGACGCGGAUGACCAGCCCCAGAAGUUGCCAUGGAUCCAGCCACAGCCAGGGGAUGGUGAGCGGCGCUACAGAGAAGCCCAAGCCAGGAAGAAGAUCCGGCUGGACAGGCGAUACAUUGUGUCCUGCAAGCAGGCGGAAGUGCCGCUCUCUGUGCCCUGGGACCCUAGCAACCAGGUGUACCUGAGCUACAACAAUGUGUCCGCGCUGAAGGUGCUGGUGGCCAAAGACAACUGGGUGCUGUCCUCAGAGAUCAACCAGGUCCGCCUGUACACCCUGGAGGAGGACAAGUUCCUGUCCUUCCACCUGGAGAUGCUGGUGCACGUGGACGCCGCCCAUGCCUUCCUGCUGCUCUCAGACUUGCGACGGAGGCCAGAGUGGGACAGGCACUACCGGAGCGUGCAGCUCGUGCAGCAGGUGGAUGAUGAUGAUGCCAUCUACCACGUCAUCAGCCCGAGCCUCGGCAGCGAUGCCAAGCCCCAGGACUUUGUGAUCCUGGCCUCACGGCGGAAGCCUUGUGACAACGGAGACCCCUACAUCAUUGCGCUGAGGUCGGUCACACUGCCAACGCACCCUGAGACGCCAGAGUAUCGCCGCGGGGAGACACUGUGCUCAGGCUUCUGCCUGUGGCGAGAAGGGGACCAGUUGACCAAGGUGUCCUACUACAACCAGGCCACCCCUGGCUUUCUCAACUAUGUGACCUCCAACGUGGCUGGCCUGUCCUCGGCAUUCUACUCUACCUUCCAGGCGUGCGAGCACUUCCUCCUGGACAACCGGAGCGACCUGGCCCCCAGCCUGCAGACACUCUAGGAGCCCAGCCCUGCUGCCUGAGGGUGCACGCACAGUGUAGGGAGGAAGGCCAGGUGUUUAUUCGUCCUGCCACCCAUGAAGCCAUGGCCCAGAGAUUAGCCAGCCUGGCACUGCUCACAGCUAGGCAGUCAGUUCCUGCCAAGGUCUGCCAGCAAGUUUUGGCGCUGCUCCUGGGUCAACCUGUAGUAGACCCGGCUUCUGUCCUCAGCCCUGGCUGCUACAAGUCCUGCCCGAACAACUGCAGGGCUGCUUCUAGCACGGCUGCUUUGCACCGUGACAGUGGCCCGGGGUGAGGCCGCCAGUAAUGUGGCCAUUACCCCUGCUGGGCUCUGCCCCAGUGGCCCAGCCUGUAUCUGGAAGGACACUGGUUGCCAGAGCCCCUGGUAUAGCUCUAGCAUAUCUGUGACCAGUUGCUCCCUGUAGCCACCAUCCAGCACCUCCUCGGGCCAGCUUGGGGCCAGUGUCACAUGCGGGAAAAUGUCAGCCACAGCAGUGAUCAGCUCUCUGCCAUCCAUGUAGCCAGGGACUGCAAAACUGCCAUGGGAGACUGUGGCCCCAACCCACACAGGCCGGGGCAGGUGGCCAAGGGAAGAGAGGUGUGCCAGAGUGGUCAGAGCUGGCCGCAGGGCUGCAGGCUCUGCUAUGUUCAUGUGGACACCCCAGCGCCCAGGGCGCAUGGCCAGCUUUAGCAGGGAGGCUUCCAGUGUCAGGGUAGGGCCACCUGGGGCAUGUACAAUGGGCACAGGUUCUCUGGUUGCAGCUCCUUGGAGGCCGAUAUCCAGCAGGAUCAUGCCAUCUUUGUCUGCAAGAGGAUACAGGGUCUGCGGUUUGGGCCAUCAUGGGCUGUUAGAGACCCCUGCUGAUACAGUGGAGGCUGACAGAGAUAACUGGAGGCCUUGCCUCCAGUGGUGGGAACCUGCUGGCUUAGUUCUGGACUCCACGUUCUAUGCCUGAUUGACACAGUCAGUGGCCAGCUCAGCCCUUGGCCUGCACCGCCCUUCCUAUGGCAUUGUGUGGCUGAGGCCUGGAGGGCUGAAGAUUGGGAACCCCCUGUUCUUGGGCACUGACACCCUCCCUUCCACCCCACAUUUAGUAUGCAAGAUGUGGCUUACCAGGGCCUGUGUUGCCAUGGUAACAGACCCAAGGUAUUCACUCAAGCACAGGGCAUUGCCACAGACCUAUGGGGAGCACCCAGGCUGCAGGCACUUACCUGGGAAGAUGACCGUGGCUUCAGCCCCAUUGCCGUGGACUUCUGGAACCAGCCACUCCCAGCCCAGCCCAUCACAGCCUCGAGGCUGGAGAAGUGGCUUCAGGCUGCCACCUGUGUAGUACACCUGCUUCCUUGUGGUAUUCACUGUGGGAAGCCAGAGUGCCUGGAUGAGGUGGCUGCCACUGCUCACACAGUGCCUUCUGUGUGCCUGGGCCCAGAACAACCUGCUGGUAGCUGCCACUUCCCACUCGGUAGAUUAGCAGAUGCCGUGUGCCAAAGUCUGCAGCAUUGAGAGUUGCUGGAACCAGGCUGAAUCAGAGCUGUCUGGCCCAAAAGCUGGCAUCCUUUCCCCUCACUUGUGGCUCCCCACCAGGAAUGGUGUCUGAUGGGACCCCCUGGGCUGGCUUAACUGUGGACCUGCCUAGGUUCAAGGUCAAGAGCACCAGAGUUUUGCAGAGGUGCAUCUGAUUGAUGGCCUUGGCAUGGAGAGGGGCUGUGUUCUCUGAAGCAGUAAGGAUGUGUGUAGGCCUUGCACUUUGCUGGGUUCUCAUCUGAGGGGUGCAAUGAACAAGUUGGGUGACUCUAAAUUCCUUAACUGUUCUGGGCUCCAUUUCCCAAAGGCUGUAUGAACCUGUGAAGGCAUGUCACCCCAGGGCUGGCAUAUAACAACAAGGACUCAAAGACUCCCGCCUCCCCUUGUACCUAGGACUCCUUGCUUCCCUUCGGCUGUGCUCCAGUGCCCGCCAAGGGCUGCCCUGCGCAGCCCACCCAGGCCCUGUUCUACCUGCCCUCCUUACAAGCCAGCUGCUUGAACUGUGACAGGACAGGCUCAAAGAGGUCAUAGUAGACUCGGUGGGCCUCCGUGUUGUCCCGGAUAUAGAGGAGAUCGUCUACGGACACUGGAUCGGUGGUGCCCUGCCACAGCGUCAGGGUGUACCUGGGUUCAAAGAGCUAGCUUAGUACCCUUCUGGGACCUGGGAGGCCGUCAGGUCCACUCCUGUACUCAGAGUGGGACCUAGGCCAGGCCCAGGCUUGGAGGUCUGCCCUCCAGCUUCCCAUCAGCCCCUCUCCCUGGGCAUCAACCUCUCCUGGGGCUGCUAAAAGCAAAGGCCAGAAGGAGGUGUUACCCAACUGGUACACCUGUCUUAGGAGAGGGAGGGCCAGAAGAACCAGAGGAGGAAGGGGAUGGAGGGAGCAGGUGGGGGGGGUGCCGUUUUGGGCCCUUCAGCCAUGGUAAUGAGAGCUGGGUUUGGAGCCAGCAGGGGCUGUGAUGGGAGCUUCAGGUUCUUUACCUGUCAGAUUGGUCCAGCAGCCAGCUGAAGUGGGGCCAGGCCCUUCGCACCAUGACAGCCCGAACAGGGAAGGUAACCUUCUGUGGCAUGGUCCCCACCAGUGCCUGCAUCUCCUCCAACAUGGCCCUGGUGUAUGGGCCAGUAAGGAGCGGGGCUGCAUACAAGGUGGUCCAGCCCACGGACAGGGUGGUCCUGGGGUACUUCUCCUGCACCAGUGCCAGGAACCUGCAGAGCAGCGGACACUGGCAUGCAGAGCCCCGCAGGUCCCUCCCUCCCGGUGUUCGGAGUGGGAGGAAGGGGUAGGGUCUGCGGGGUCUGUGAUGCCAGGGCAGCGGGGCAGCUCACAGUCCCACACACAGAGGGUGCACUUUGAAAUCAAAGUCCCGGUCCAGGUCUUGGAUGAGACUUUGAGAGAUUCUAAUAGCAUCCCUUCUGGAAGGACAGGGCUUCCUAAAACAUCCCCAUCCAGAUGGGAGGCCGAACUGGAGCUCCAAGGGGUGCAGAUCUGGACUCUGCCAGUUGCAAGUCUCUAAAGUGUCAUUUAAAAAAAUUUUUUUAAAUUUGUUUUUCUUUUUUUGGGGGGUGGGGAGUACCAGGAAUUGAACUCAUGACUGCGCAAUUGCAAAGCAGGCGUUUAUGCCACUGAGCUAAAUCCCCGGCCCCAGUAAUUUUUUAAUUUGAAUUUUGCCCUGAUGCGAAUCUCAAUAGGCAAACAGGGUUGCCUGUCACCCCCUCCCCAGUGAGGGGAAGGAGAACAAUUAAUACUGCGCAAGACGGGUUAUAUUAAUCUCAGGCCAUUGACUACAUUCUCAAACUGCUGCUUCCCGGACGCACAUCUGUGUAUCAAGUGGACAGACAGAGGGCUGGGUGGGGGGAGAGGUGGAGGGUCAGAGAGCAUAGAGCUUAGCAUCGAAAGGCCUCAGUUUGAAUCUGUGCUCUGCCACUUGUAGACCUAGGCAGGCAGUGACUUCUGUCAGGUAGCUCCUGUAGGCUGAGAUGAAAGACGGCUAAUACCUACCUCAUUCUCACCGUGGGAGUUAAUGGUAUUGUGCAACAAAGUGCUUAAAAGCCAUGCCAGGACACAAAAUAAACACUCAAUAAACGGA